CACCAUGGUCUUCGGCUUUGGCUGGCAAAAGCACUACACCCUCACGCAGAUCCCAGACUUGAGUGGAAAGGUCGCCGUGGUCACCGGCGCGAAUAGCGGGCUGGGAUUGGAGGUCAGCAAGCAGUUGGCUUUGAGUGGUGCCAAGGUCUUCCUCGGCGUCCGCAACCAUGCCAAGGGCGCCAACGCCAAGCAGCAGAUCGAUGCCGCACUCGCGGAUCCGUCAUUGCGCCGUCAUCAAGGCGGAAGCGCUGAGCUCCUCGCCGAGGACGUGAGCUUGGAGCUCUCUGACGUGGCCAAAGUCAAGGUGUGGGCUGAGCGAGUCAAGUCUUCCACCUCCCGCCUGGACAUCCUCGUCUGUGGCGCGGCCAUAGUCCCCUCCUCCUUCUCCCUCGCCCCCACGACCCCAAACCACGAGCUCACCUACUCGACGAACCACCUCGGCCACUUCUUCCUCGUCUCUCAGCUCCUCCCCCUCCUACGCAACACGGCAGCCACACCAGGCGCAGAUGUGCGCAUCGUCAUCGUGGCGGCAGAUGUGACCGCUCACGUGGACACGCUCGGUCUCGUAGGCGACCGCAAUUGGCUGCUCGACCAGCCUACCAUUGACUCGGGUCGCGGCUGGUCACGCCUGAAUGCCUACGCUCGCACCAAGAUGUGCAAUGUCCUGUUUGCUCGUCGCCUAGCCGCCCUCACUCGAGAGGUAGAGGGGUUGCGCACUAACACUCUACACGCGGGCGUCUUCUUCUCCGACAUCUUCUUUGCAGACGGACAUCAGCGCGACCAUGGCGCUGAAGUGGGCAUGUGGGAGCGAUGGACCAAGGGAGCGGCCAAGGCCGUGGGUGGGGCGAUUGCGGUGAGUAGCGUGCGCGGCGAGGGGCAAGGGGCGAGGUAUUUCGGUGGCGACAAGAGGCGCUAACAUGAGAUCGAAACGCCCUAACGCACGUCCUAACGCACGCGCGCACGCACGCGCGCGCACAGAUGAGCCCAGAAGAAUCCGGCCUUACAACGCUAUUCGCUGCAACAUCGAGCGAGAUCCAGGAGAAGGAUUAUCGUGGCGAAUUCUUUACGCCGUACGGCAUUCUCUCCACCUCGA